AUGCUCGGGAGGAGGCGCUGCAGCCGGGUGAGCGUCCAGGAGGGCUGCGGGAAGGAGACGACGUCUCCUGGGGCGGCCCCAGAGUCCUUGGCGCUUUGGGCGUCCUCCCCGCGGCCAGAAGCGGCGACCGAGCAGAUUCUGCUCCGGGGCAUCUUCGAGAUCGGAAGGGACAGCUGCGACGUGGUGCUGAGCGACCGGGUUUUGAGGUGGCGGCCCAUCCAGCCAGUGCGUCCCGGGGAUGAUUCCAAACCUGAUCUACUGUGCGAUGAAGGAAUUAUUGAACUUAAAGACAUAUUCUCUGUCAAGUUGAAAUGGCGGUGUUCUGCUCACCAGGAGAAAGGCAAUACUUUAUUAGGUAUCACACUGUUCUUUUGUUUGAAAAAGGAGCAAAAUAAAUUAAAGGAUUCUACACUUGAUCUUGUUAAUUUAAGUGAAGACUACUGUGAUGUCUGGUUUAGACAGCUGAAACAACUUUUAGCAGGUUUUUCAAAUAGACCAAAAUCAUUAAAAAUAUUCCUUAAUCCCCAAAGCCACAAAAAGGAAGCUACUCAGGUCUAUUAUGGGAAGGUUGAACCAUUAUUGAAGAUUGCAGGAAUAAAAACUGAUGUGACAAUCACAGAAUACGAAGGGCAUGCUCUCUCACUACUAAAGGAAUGUGAACUCCAGGGGUUUGAUGGAGUUGUUUGUGUUGGUGGAGAUGGGUCUGCCAGUGAAGUAGCCCAUGCUUUGCUUCUUCGAGCCCAGAGAAAUGCAGGGAUGGAAACAGACAGUAUCCUGACUCCAGUCCAAGCACAGCUGCCACUAGGCAUAAUACCAGCAGGCUCCACUAAUGUGUUGGCACAUUCACUUCAUGGAAUCCCCCAUGUGAUAACUGCCACUUUGCACAUUAUAAUGGGACAUAUACAACCAGUAGAUGUCUGUACCUUCAGCACCACUGGCAAGUUUCUUCGAUUUGGGUUCUCAGCCAUGUUUGGCUUUGGUGGAAGAACUUUGGCUCUGGCAGAAAAACAUCGAUGGAUGUCACCCAACCAAAGAAGGGAUUUUGCAGUCAUUAAGGCAUUGGCAAAACUUAAACCAGAAGACUGUGAAAUUUCAUUUUUGCCAUUUAAUAACUCACAGGAUUUACAAGAAAGGAAGGUACUGGGAUCACCCAAAUCUAACUAUUCUGAUCAAUGGCAAAUGAUCCAUGGCCAGUUUUUGAAUGUCAGCAUUAUGGCAAUUCCUUGCCUGUGUACAGUGGCACCCAGAGGCUUGGCGCCUAAUACCAGAUUAAAUAAUGGAAGUAUGGCUCUUAUAAUUGCAAGAAACACAUCCCGAGCAGAAUUUAUAAAACACCUAAAGAGAUAUGCCAGUGUUAAAAAUCAGUUCAAUUUUCCUUUUGUUGAAACUUACACUGUUGAAGAAGUAAAAAUUAACCCAAGGAAUACUAUCAGUGUACAUAAUUCAGAGGAGGAAGAUGGACCACAGGAAGCUUCUUCAGAUUGUAAUUUCCCUUGGAAUAUAGAUGGUGAUUUAAUGGAAGUUGCAUCAGAGGUCCAUGUUAGACUGCACCCAAGACUUAUUACUUUAUAUGGAGGAAGCAUGGAAGAAAUGAAUGAUACCAAAGUAACAUGUAACUGUUUAUAA